AACAUGACCAACGAAGAAAGCAUCGUAUCCAUCAAAACCGAUAAUAACAGUGGCGAUUCCUCUAAUGCAUUAGAUCUUGGGCCAGAGGGUGGUGCUCUUCUUGAGGAGCUUAAGAACCUCACCCUAAAGCGAACCUUUGAUGUGAAAACACUCUCACCAAAAGUUACCAAACGCGUUUUGUUUCUCAAGGACAUUCAGGUUAAACAUGAUGAACUCGAAGAGAAAUUUCUUGAAGAAAAAGCUGCAUUGGAGGCAAAAUACGAUAAUCUCUACAAGCCGCUUUUUGAUAAGAGAUAUGAAAUUGUGAAUGGUGUGGUUGAAGCUGGAACAGAGAAAGGAGUGCCCAAUUUCUGGUUGAUUGCAAUGAAAACCAACGAAAUGCUCGCAAACGAGAUAACCGAAAGAGAUGAGGGAGCACUGAAGUAUCUCAAAGACAUCAGAUGUUGUAGAGUAGAAAACAAUUCAAGAAAUUUCAAGCUAGAGUUUCUCUUUGAUCCUAAUCCUUACUUCAAGAACUCGGUUCUGUCUAAAACUUACCAUGUGACCGAUGACGAUGACGAUGGCCCCGUUCUUGAUAGAGUGAUUGGAACGGACAUAGAAUGGUGUCCAGGUAAAUGUUUGACUCAUAAGGUUGUUGUAAAGAAGAGGCCAAAGAAGGGGCCAAAGAAGGUCAACAACAUCCCCAUGACCAAAACCGAAAACUGCGAGAGUUUCUUCAACUUCUUCAAGCCCCCUGAGAUUGAUGAAUUUGAUGAAUUUUAUACAACCAUGGAUCAAGAACUCCAAAACCUGACGGAUCAAGACUAUGACAUCGCUGUGACAAUCCGAGACAAACUAAUCCCUCACGCAGUUUCAUGGUUUACCGGAGAGGCUCUUGUUGAUGAAGAUGAAUAUGAUGAUGAUGAGAACAAUGACUAA